AUGGCUGAGAAAUUACACGAGUACCAAGGUUUUACAGGGCGGCUGCACAGUGCCAGGGACAGGUACAAGGAAAGAUGGAGUCAGUGGAAAGAACAGCAUCCUCAAGGUGUAAAAGAUGUAAUAAGAGAAACGUUGUUUGGAAUACCUAGUUCUGAGGAGACUCCAGAAAGAGUCUGGCAGGAUAGCGAAUACAAAGAUCUGUUCAGGAGAAAAAGCCGCAUAGAGCUGAUGCGAAUAUCGGCAGCAGUGAUGGGUAUAGAAUUUUCAUACGCCGGCGAGACUGCUUUCGUGUCACCAACAUUGCUUCAAAUUGGUGUGCCGCAUCAUCAGAUGACAAUGGUAUGGGCGUUGUCACCACUCAUCGGGUUCUUUAUGACUCCACUCUUGGGCUCAUUGAGUGACCGAUGCAAAUCGAGGUUCGGAAGACGACGGCCGUUCAUCAUUCUUAUGUCUUUUGGAGUAUUAUUAGGUCUUAUUUUAGUGCCAAAUGGUGAAGCAAUAGGCUAUGCACUUGGUGAUGAGCGCCCAGCCAACCAUACUGAGGUACCCUCAGCGUUGGGACCAAGAAGUUCAGCGCUGCAGAACGAGGGAUCAAAUUAUCACCCAUGGGGCGUAUUAUUCACCGUCCUUGGCACCGUGUUCUUAGAUUUUGACGCAGAUGCAUGUCAAAGUCCAGCACGUGCUUAUCUUCUUGACGUGACAGUACCAGAGGAUCAUGCAAAAGGGUUGAGUACAUUCACGGUGAUGGCUGGUCUUGGAGGUUUUAUGGGUUACGCUCUAGGCGGGAUUAACUGGGAUGAAACCAGAUUAGGAGAACUAUUUGGUGGACAUGUGAGGGCAGUGUUUUCUCUUAUUACAAUCAUCUUCCUAGUGUGUGUGACGGCGACAGUGACCAGUUUUAAAGAAAUCCCGUUGGAUCAGUUGAACGAACAAGAUGAGUUCAGAAAGUUAGCGCAGACAGAACGCAACCAAGAGAGCUUUGACGCAGAAGAGCCCGGUAUUGAGAUAAACAAUUUAAAGAAGGACAAUACCAUGUAUGGAUCUUUCAAUCGUCAAGAGACCAUGGGAGUGAACGACAACGAGAGUACCCAUGGAGGAAAGGCGCUGUCACUUCGACACUAUCUAAAAUCGAUCGUGCUGAUGCCGAAUUCUCUACGCAUUGUGUGCCUAACCAACCUGUUUUGCUGGAUGGCUCACGUCUGCUAUUCACUCUACUUCACCGAUUUCGUUGGAGAAGCUGUAUUUGGCGGUGAUCCCGCGGCGCCCGUUGGCAGUGAGAGCCGAAGGGAGUAUGAGGCUGGUGUUCGUUUCGGAUGCUGGGGGAUGGCUAUGUACUCACUGUCAUGUGCUUGCUACUCCACUGUCAUCGAGAGACUUAUUAAGAGACUUGGGGCGAAGCGUGUGUACGUGGGUGGGCUGUGUACAUACAGUUGCGGUAUGUUGGUGUUAAGUAUGAUGCGCGCUCACGCCGCCGUCCUACUAUGUAGUUGGACAGCUGGCGUCAUGUACUCAACACUCUUCACCAUGCCGUACCUGCUCGUCGCGCAUUAUCACGCCACCGGAAUGUGGGACAGUUCGGGAGGCAUCGUGGUGGAGCGCGGCAUCGGCACCGACGUAGCGGUAGUGAGCAGCUGCGUGUUUGUGGCGCAACCCUUGGUGUCGCUGGCAGCAGGGAUGGCAGUCCGCGCGGCCGGAACUACCACCGCCAUCGUUGCCGUCGCUGCUGCACUUGCCGCUGCCGCCGCCGUCACCGCCACCAAAAUCACUUAUUUAGAUCUGUAA